UGUUUCCACUUUAAUUGGCAUUAUCAUCAGAAAUAUUUUACACGCCUAGUCCUGCAGCUUCUGCCAAAACUUACCACAGGCAGCUGGGAUCUAGAACACUCAGUACGGAAUAGAAUCAACAGGAAAAUGGCCACCAAGAUUAUUAGCAGUGUACUUGUUACAGGGUCUAACAGAGGAAUUGGACUUAAUCUUGUUAAAGCCUUUCUAGAAAAGGCUAAUCCUCCUCAGCAUAUUUUUGGUACUUGUCGUAAUCCAACAGGAGCUCAGGAAUUAAACUCCUUGGCCACAAGACACUCAAAUCUCCACAUUAUUCCAUUAGACGCAGCAAACCAGGAAAGUAUUAAAGCAGCGUAUAGAGCAGUUCACGACAGAUUGAAAGGAUGUGGUUUAAAUAUGAUUAUAAAUAAUGCUGGUAUUUUUGUGGGAAGGAAUAAGGAAGUGCCCAAUGAAGAAAUAAUGAUAGAUACAUUCAAAACCAAUACCAUCGGACCCUUGAUCGUUACUAAGGAAUUCCUUCCCUUGCUCAAGAAAGCUGUCCAAGAAAGCCCCGAUGAGAAGAUGAGCUGCAGAAAGGCAUCUGUGAUCAAUAUAAGCAGCGAGCUUGGCUCUAUAACAAAAGUUCCAGACAUGUAUUUAAUGUUUCCAGCUAUUGCCUAUCGAUGCAGUAAGGCCGCCUUGAAUAUGCUGACUCGCUGCCAAUCAGAGUCUUACAAGAAGGAUGGAAUUCUGUGUGUUGUUAUUCAUCCUGGCUGGGUGCAGACUGACAUGGGAGGUUCACAGGCUCCGGUAACAGAGCAGGAGUGUGUCACUGGCAUAAUGGGAGUAUUUGAAAAACUCUCGGAAAAACAAAGUGGAUCAUUUUUGGAUUGGAACGGAAAUACACUUCCCUGGUGAAUAAUCGAAUCUGCACAAAUCUCUGCUG